AUAAAUAAAGAAAAUGGUAUAGUUAAAAAACCAUCAAUGAUACCUGAUAUUGACGAAGACGAAGAUACUCCACCAAUUGUCAAUAAGAAAAUAAAAACAGAGAAUGGCGUUUUAGAUAAAGUCUCACCAAAUAUUACAUCACCCAAAACUAGAACAACCACAACUACAACUACUAUAACCACAAAUAAAUCGACAUCAUCUGUUAAAACCACACCAACUACCAGAAAACCUGUACUAAUUAAAAAAGAAAUUGACAGCAGUAGCAGUGAUUCAUCAAGUGACUCAAGUGAUUCAUCGUCAAGCGAUUCUAGUGACAGUGAUUCAUCUUCUGAAGAUGAAAAACCAAAGAAAGCAGUAACAAAGAAACCAUCACCAGCAUCAUCAAAGAAAAACUCACCAAAACCAACCGCAACAACUCCAAAGAAGGCAGCAGCCAAAAAGAAGCCAGAAGAUUCAAAAGGAAAGAAGAAAACCACAAGAAAGAGAAAGAUCGAAGAAACUGAAGAAGAAGAUGAUAAUGGUAAAAAUAGAUGGUGGGAAGAAGAAGGUGAUGAAGAUGGUCCAAAAUGGCAAACCCUUUCGCAUAAUGGUCCAGUUUUCCCACCAGCAUAUAUUCCACAUGGUACCAAAUUCCUCUAUGAUGGUAAAGUAGUUAAAUUAACACCAGAACAAGAAGAAGUUGCCACUUUUUAUGCCAACUAUUUAGAAACCGAUCAUGUCAAGAAAGAAGCAUUCAGAGAUAACUUUUUUGCCGAAUUCCGUGGUUUGUUAACAACUGAACAAAAGAAAACAAUUAAGAAUUUAGCAAAAUGCGAUUUCUCUCACAUCCAUACAUUCCUUCAAGAAAGAAAAGAAACCAGAAAAUCUCGUUCAAAAAAUGAAAAAGAUGCUGAAGCUGCUGAAAAGAAAAAACUUCAAGAAAAAUAUGGUUUUGCUAUGAUUGAUGGAUUUAAAGAAAAGAUUGGUAACUUCACAAUCGAACCACCAGGUUUGUUUUUAGGUCGUGGUGCUCAUCCAAAAACUGGUAUGCUUAAACAACGUAUUUAUCCAAGCGAUGUUACCAUUAAUAUUGGUAAAGGUGAAAACGUACCACCAUCACCAAUCCCAGGUCAUGAAUGGAAAGAUGUUGUUCACGAUAAUACAGUUACAUGGUUAGCCUUUUGGAAAGAAAGUAUCAAUGGUGGAACAAAAUAUAUUUGGUUAGCUCCAUCAUCAAAGAUCAAAGGUCAAGCCGAUCGUAAGAAAUUUGAAGUUGCCAGAAAACUCAAAGAUUGUAUUGAAAGUAUUAGAAAAGGCUACAUCAAAUCCUUUACCAAUGAUAGUGAAGAAAAACGUCAAUUGGGUGUCGCUCUUUAUCUUAUUGACUUUUUAGCUCUUCGUGUUGGUAAUGAAAAAGGUGAAGAUCAAGCUGAUACUGUCGGUUGUUGUAGUCUCAGAGUAGAACAUAUUAAAUUGGGUAAGGAUAAUACCAUCACAUUGGAUUUCUUGGGUAAAGAUUCAAUGAGAUACUUUAACACUGUCAAGAUUAGACCAGACGCUUACAAAGUUCUUCAAGAAUGUGUUAAAGGUAAAAAACCAAGCGAAUUAUUAUUUGAUGAUCUUUCAGUUGCUCAACUCAAUACUCACUUAAAGAAACAAAUGGAUGGUCUCUCUGCCAAAGUAUUCCGUACUUACAAUGCCUCAAUUACUCUUCAAAAAGAAUUAAAUAAAAUGGAUGAAAGCGAAUACUCUACUAUCGAGGAAAAAAUUCUCUAUUACAACCGUUGCAAUCGUGAAGUCGCUAUUUUAUGUAACCAUCAAAAAGCUCCACCAAAGAAUUUAUCUGAGACCUUAGGCAAAAUCGAUGAUAAGAUUUUAGAGUACAACGAUCUUAUUGACUUGUGCAGAAUUAAACUAAAAUUAAAACCAAAAACCUCUGACAAAGACGAUAUUGAAGAACGUGAAAAAGAAAGAUUAAAGAAAUUAAUUGAAGCAAAUAUUGCAAAGAAGGAAGAAAAUAAAACUGAUAAAGAAGUUUCAUUCGAUACCAAAGCUACAUUCGAAAGAUCACGUAACAUUCCAGAUGGUGAACAAAAAAUCAAUGACAAAAUCGAUAAAUACGAAAAACAAAUUAAAAAAUUAGAAAUCCAAAAAACCACCAAAGAUGAAUUAAAAACUGUUGCUUUAGGUACCAGUAAAAUCAACUAUUUAGAUCCAAGAAUUACUGUUAGCUUCUGUAAGAAAUGGGGUAUUCCUGUUGAAAAAAUCUUUUCAAAAGCCCUUAGAGAUAAAUUCCCAUGGAGCGAUGUCGACAAAUCUUAUAAAUUUUAAUCAAUACUAAACUUCAUCAAUUUUUAAUUAUAAAUAAUAAACUAAUAAAUUAUAAUAAACUAAUCACCAAACACAAAAAUUUUUUUAUG